AGUGCGCGCUACCAGCAGAGGGGCGGAUCGGUUCAAUUUUAAAUUUAAAGUGAUAGCUAGCACAAUGUUACAUGUUACAUGCAACAUUCAGUAGUUAACAACAUUGUGUUGUACAGAAGCUAUCUGUAGAAAUGAAUGAGCACAAUUUGGCAUGGAGUAACUGAAUGGGACGUCAGAGUUGAUGAUGUCAAAACUGUCUCUGGCAGGAAAGCAGUCCUCUGGAAAAAUAAAGAGCUGGGUGGAACCAUCAUUUGGUGAAUUUUUGGGAGGUUCGGUAGUGAAAAGGACCUUGAAUAAAGGACCACUUUCAGGGGAAAGCAAGACUUCCAGGUGGUCUUCUACCAGGGAACAAACAGGAAAAACAUCCAGGAAAGGGAAAGUAGAUGUGUCCGACAACGAAACCAGUGUACAAAGUGAAGCGUUGAAAACAGACCAACAUGAACCCUGGGUGGAUAUGCAUGCUCCCCAAUCACAGGCUGAAUUGGCAAUCCACAAAAAGAAAGUCGAGGAAGUUGAAAGCUGGUUGAGAGUUCAUUUGGACAAAUCAAUAAAGGGUGGCGCCAUUCUGUUGCUCACUGGCCCCUCUGGAUGUGGGAAGACUGCCACUGUUCAAGUUCUUGCCAAGGAUUUGGGUUUUCAGAUCCAAGAGUGGUCUAAUCCCUCCACCACCUCUCAGUACAAAGCAGAGGAUAUGUUCACAGAAAGCUUUGAUCCAGAGUCAAGGUUUAAUCGUUUCCAUGGCAGCUCGCAGACAGGGUUAUUCCAAGAGUUCCUGCUGAGAGCCAAUAAAUACAACCGUCUACAAAUGAGUGGAGAGAAACUGUCUGAAGACAGAAAAAUCAUUCUUAUAGAGGAAUUUCCAAACCAGUUCUAUAGGCAUCCAGGGUGCUUGCAUGAUAUACUCAGACAGUUUAGUAAGACUGGCCGGUGCCCUCUGGUCUUUAUUGUGUCUGAUAGCCUAAGUGGGGACAAGAACUCUAGACUUCUCUUUAAGGAAGUUCUGCAUGAACUCAAAAUUCACAAUAUUUGUUUUAACCCUGUGUCCCCCACCAGCAUGAUGAAGGUUCUAAGCUGUAUCGUGACCAUCGAGGCAAGAAAGAGUUCAUGCAGGAUCUCUCUUCCUGAUAAAACUGCUUUAGAGUUUCUCUGCUCUGGAAGCUCAGGAGAUAUUCGCAGUGCCAUCAACAGUUUGCAGUUUUCCUCAUUCACUGGAUCAGACAAUUGUCUGGAGAAGACCCUCUGGGCUUCGAAGAAGAGCAAGUCCUCCUCCGUAAAAACUGCUGUAAGGGCAAAGGGGAGGAGCAAAUCUUCCACAUGCAUGCAGGCUGAAAGCCCAGCUAUUGGAGGGAAAGAUGCCUCACUUUUCCUCUUCAGAGCUUUAGGGAAAAUCCUCUACUGCAAACGUGAAAGCGAUGAAAGUUCCCAAGCACCCAAGCUGCCUCCACACCUAACAGAGCAUCAGAGGGACAAACUGCUUGUUGAUCCAGAACUUGUUAUUGAGCGUUCUCACAUGUCUGGUGAGUUCUUCAACCUUUACCUGCAUCAGAACUACCUCGACUUCUUCUCUGACGUGGAGGAUAUAGCACGGGCCAGCGAGUACCUCUCUGAUGCUGACUUCCUGACAGCAGAAUGGAGUUCAAGGUCUACCAUGUUGGAGUAUGGAUCAUCAGUGGCCACUAGAGGGCUUAUGCACUCCAACUCUUCCAGAGCACAAGCCAGCAGCCAGUCCACAACCGGUUUCAAGCCUCUUCAUAAACCCCAUUGGUUAUACAUAAACAAGAUGUAUCGAGAGAAUUACAUGACUGCACAUUCACUCUUCAUAAAUUUCUGCCUUACCCCUGUGAGCCUCCUGACAGAACUGGUGCCUUACCUUGCAAAGCUCACUAAUCCACUGAGGAAUCAAGCUCAGAUAACCUUCAUCCAAAAUGUUGGUCAUCUUUCUCAAAGGAGGGUUCCUGGCAGUUCAAAUAUCAUUCUUGGCAGGCUGAGACUUGAAGCACUUGGUGACAAAGACCCUGGCAUUUUGGAUACUGAAAGUGACAAUGAAGACACUUCUGGUGCUCAGUCUCUUGACCCAGGUACCACAUCAGGAAAUGCCACAACUGAGUCUAAUCUUCCAAACAACCAGGAUCCUUCCGGGGAAAUUUCUGCUAGCCAGCCCCAACUCACAAGCACUGAAGCCUUUCUAGAUGAGGAAGACCUCUUGAUUGAGGAAUUUGACAGUGAUUGACCAAUCACCUGUCAUGAUUUAAAUGUACUUAUUUAAUGUCACUCACUGCCUUGAUGCAAUUGUUGUACCUCUAGGUCACAGUUUUUUCUUUAUUUUAAGAUGGAAAUUAUUAGUUAGUUUUUGAUAUUUUGUGCUUCAACGCAAUGUGCUGCUGUUGACAAUUGUUUAUAUGUUCUUGUGGUGAAACAUUUGUCUCAUGUACACUGUUUCUCAGCAGUUUGUUCUAAGGGUAUUAGUGAAAGUGUCUGUAAAUCUAGAAGAUCGUACAUUUACAGCCAUAAUUAAAGCUUUUAUGUUGUCGCAGUAUAACAUAAAAAUGCUCUGGGACUGAAAAGUAGACAUAUCUACACUUCGGUUUAAGAAGUGAUUGCAAUAAAUCAAUGUUUGCAACUUC